CGCUCGUAGGGACUUCAGUCCACCCCGUGGUACCGGUGUCGCGUUCCUAGUUUCGUCGCUUUUUUCCUUCCUCUGAGCCCUUUCGUGGACGACGUUGUCGCUAUGUUGCUUUUCCCGUAUCAGUGACAAAGAACGAACGAUAAGGUGAGAGAGAGAGAGAGUGAGAGAGAAAGAGAGAGAGAGAGAGGGUGUGUGUGUGUAUGCAUGCAAGGGUAAAAAGAGAAAGAGAGAGAAGAAGAGAGCGUGAUCAUUCCCUGGCGCGCGCGGCACCAGCGAGCAAGGCGACUGGCGAAAGAGAGUGGAGCACGAGAAGUGGAGAACUCGGGGAAAAAGAAGAAAGACAGAGAAAGAAAGAUAGCGCGCCACUGAGAAAAAGAGCAGCUUUUCCUCCCUUCUCCGGCUUUCUGAAGCGAUAGACAGGACAGCGUCGUCAACGUCAGCAGCGACGUCGGCAUCCUGGACGAUCAGCCCAACGGUGCGACGGACAAGUCUGCCGCGGUGAAAAAACGUAAAUGCAACGCGCGUAUUAUUCGUGGUUCUUGCUGUUUCCUGAAUAAGCUUUGACAAAGACUGCGAAAGGAAAUACUAGGAAAGAAUCGGAGCUUCCGCGUACAAGAUGAGCGUGGGGAAAAUUUUAACAUGGAUCUUACAUUUUAUCAUGGUAAGCGAGUGCCACGUUCGAAAGGGACGCGACGAGGAUGGUUCGAAGCUUAUACGUAUCAAUGGUGAUGUAAUUCUCGGAGGAAUCUUUCCUAUGCACGAACAAGUGGCAGGUUCUAUCGGUCAAUCACCAUGCGGUGCAGUGAAAGAAGAAAAAGGAAUGCAACGUUUGGAGGCUAUGUUGUACGUUCUCGAUGAAAUAAAUUCAGACGAUAAUUUAUUGCCAAACACCACGUUAGGCGCGCUUAUUCUCGACUCCUGCAGCAGUGAUACAUAUGCACUUGACCAGAGUAUGGAAUUCGUCAGAUUUUAUAUGAAUCAAGAUAUAUCGGAAUACAAAUGUGAAAAUGACAAACCACCGAUGUAUGUGCCCCAUAAACCUGUCACGGGUGUUAUAGGAGCUUCGUUUAGCGUGGUCUCCAUUAUGGUAGCCAAUAUUCUGCGAUUAUUCAAGAUACCACAGAUAAGCUACGCAUCAACGAGCACAGAAUUGUCGGAUAAAAGUCGCUUCGAAUAUUUUAGUAGGGUAGUGCCGCCAGAUAAUUUUCAAGCUCAAGCCAUGGUGGAAAUCAUUCAUCAACUCGGUUGGAAAUACGUAUCUACGGUUGCAGUUGAAGGUGAUUACGGAGAGAAGGGUAUUGCCAGUUUUACCUCAUUGUCGACGGAGUACAGCAUCUGCGUGGCAGCCAGCGAGAAGAUUUUGAGAAAUGCGAAAGCCGAAGAUUUCGAUAAAAUUGUCGAAAGACUCGGUUCGAAACACAAUGCCAGGGGUGUCGUUUUAUUCGUCGAUGAAGAUAACAUAAGGAAACUUCUGCAGGCAACUGUUAGAGCUAAUCGUACAGGCCAUUUCAUGUGGAUCGGUAGCGAUUCGUGGGGUGCUAAGGUAUAUCCAGUGAGAGAUCAAGAAUUCGCGGCGGAGGGUGCAAUCACAAUUUUGCCUUAUAGAACAUCCCUUCAAGAUUUUGAUGACUAUUAUUUGAGCCUUCGACCAAGAGUGGAUGAUAAUGAGUGUGAUGGUCAGAGUGAAAGUAACGUGCCACAUAAAAAAUUACCUGGAAAAAUAGUAAAUUGUCGAAAUAUUUGGUUUCGAGAAUUUUGGUCUCAGCAUCACAAAUGCAGCUUCAAUGCAAAUUUGUCUGCUGGCGUGACACCCUGUACUGGUAACGAGAAAUUAAUUGAUUAUGAGCAAGAAGGAUUGGUGCCAUUUGUCGUUGAUGCAGUUUACGCAAUGGCGCAUGGUGUUCAUAAUUUAAUAAACGAAGAAUGUAUAAAUAAUGCUGGAACUGACCAUUAUUUGUGCGAAGAUCUUCGUCCAGCCCCAGACGGUCAACAACUUCUUCAACACAUUCGAAAUGUUAGUUUCAUCGGUCGUCAAGGUACUGAAAUUAAAUUCAAAUCCGAUGGUGAUGCGUAUGGAUUUUAUAAUAUAUAUCAGUAUCAAAGAAAAGAAGAUGGGCGUUUUGAUUAUGUUCUUAUCGGUACAUGGAAAGAGGAGUUGGACCUUGGUAUUAACAUGACAAGGUGGGCAACAGGACCCGGAGAAAUGCACAUCCCUCGAAGUUUAUGCAGCGAUAAUUGCCCGCUGGGUCAUGUACGCAAUUUUCAGGAAGCCUGUUGUUGGAGUUGCGUGGCAUGUCGCGAAGACGCUUACGUUUUUAAUGACACUUGUCGCAGCUGUGGUCCAGGAUAUGCUCCGGAUGAAACAGUAACAAGUUGCAUCAAACUAACAGCAGAAGUUAUUCCAUGGACUAGUCCGUGGGCAUUGGUGCCAUUAAUAUUUGCAUCCAUUGGCAUACUUAGUACUUUGUUUACAAUUAUAGUUUUCAUUCGUUUCAAUCGUACUCCAGUAAUUAUGGCUUCUGGACGCGAGUUAUGUUACGUAUUGCUAGUAGGGAUUCUAUCGUGUUACAGCAUGAGUUUCGUGAUAUUAAGCAAGCCAACUAUAUGGAAUUGCACAUAUCUGAGAAUCGGUCUUGGCUUGUGCUUAAGCAUCUGUUAUAGCGCCAUACUAACUAAAACGAAUCGUAUAUCACGCAUAUUCAAUCGAAGAACUAAGAGUAUAAAGAGGCCUUCCUAUACGUCUCCGAAGAGCCAAGUUGUAAUCGCUAUCGGGAUUACCGCAGUGCAAUUAGUUGGUGUUAUCGUCUGGCUAAUCAUUGAACCACCGGAUACCACGGAAAUUCAUCCGUAUCCAUUAUCAGCUGUACUCACAUGCCGCGUUUCCACCUUUUCAUUGAUGAUGUCCCUCGUCUACAAUAUGUUUCUAAUACUCAUGUGCACACUGUACGCAUUCAAAACACGUAAGAUACCGGAGAAUUUCAACGAAGCGAAAUACAUUGGUUUUACAAUGUAUUCAACUUGCAUUGUAUGGUUAGCUUUCGUACCCAUCUACUUUGGCUCAAACAAUGAUUACAAGGUACAAAUCGCAAGCAUGUGCAUGUGCAUCAACAUCUCUGCGUCAGUAGCUCUCGGUUGUCUUUUCACUCCGAAAGUAUAUUUGGUACUUUUUCAACCAUAUAAAAAUGUUCGGCCUGGACGUGCUAAUAUGAGUGGACUUCACAGCGGUAACCGCGUAAUAUACAGCAUGCGAUUUUCUGGCGGUCGUAGUCAAACAAUGCAGAGCAUGACCUCCUGUUCUCGGAGCAGUCCACCGGUAUCACGUCCAAGCCAGGACGAGGUGAAACAUGCCAACGAGUAUCAGGCCAGAAUUCAUGAGACCACCCUGGAGAUAUACUACGAUGACGAAGAGGACCGUAAGCUCUCUACUAUCCAGGAAAUGUCAGAAUCAAGACACAUUUCCAGUCCUUCGAUGUUCGCGGAAAAUUGCCGAAAUCGAAGUCGGAGGUCGAUUUCCAGCGAUUCCGACCAGUCGGGCGAUCCAGCACGUAAAAAUCGCAUGGGAACAAUCAGUUGCAUCUCCGACAAAGUGGAGUUUCAUAAAACUGAAGCUAACAUUUUCCCAAGCGAAGAUCAAACUUUCCACGUCUACAGCGAUUCACCGACGUUUUCCGAUUUGUCAUCGUAAAUUACGACAUGUAAUGUCAAGGUAACGAAAAACUGUCUUUUUUUAACAUGCGAAGAAUUAUUUAACGGUGCCAAGACGUCUUUUUAGCCUCGCAUUUGUCCUCACAAGGGCAAAUUGGAUAUAAAGUGCAUACAUAUAUGUAAGAGCGAAAUUACUGUUCUAAAUUUUAACUCGAAUUUAUUCAACGUUCUUCCAGUUGUUCAUUUUUUCCUUGGCUGUUCUGGCAGGAUUUAUUAUUUCAAAUCUUGAAUUAGAGAUUCGUAUUGAGAUAUUUUCCAUCAGUGCUACAGACACGAAUUAAAAUGCAAUUUACAUAGGUAAACUACUCAGUAUUACGUUGUUCGAUGAACAAGGAUAAUAAUGUCGAUUCGUUAGUUCCUUAUACAUCUCUUAGGGAUAAAUAUUGCAAUAUUUCGUACUAUAUACUACGACAUUCGAUCAAAGUUGAUAACACGUGUACAAAAUAUUUAUACUUAUUUUAUAUGUAUACAAUGUUAAUUUACUUUACGAGGACAAAGUCUUGAUUAAAAUUUUGAUAGAAUAUCAAUAGAAUAGAUAUAUUGUACACAUUUAUUUGCAAACUAUUUUAUAAAACUAUCAAAUAUUUUAUCCUCAUGCAGAUUGUUUCAGAAGUACGUAUGCGACAAAUUAACGAAUCACUGACAGAAGAGGUAUCGUAUAUGAUAAAGAAAGUCACCACUUUUUUAGCAUUUCUUCCUUCAAGAAAAUUGGAAAGUAAAGCUGAAUGCUACAUUGAUAUCAUCCGAAGAGAUCUAAAUUUUUCAUUCCUUGAUUAUCUCCAACAAGAUACCCAAACUUUAUCUAUCAUUGAACAUCGUGCCCACUUAACAAAAUAAUAAAAAUAUGCCCUGCACAAUUUCUACAUUUGUAUGAAACUAAAUCAGCUGUGAAAACUUAAUUUACUUUUCUGAAAUCUGUUGCUAGGUAAAGAAUAUUUGGAGCACUAUGUUCGCAGAAGUCGUGAAACUAUUAACACAUAUCCACCAUUCGCUUAAGUGGCUUACAAACGUUUGUGAACCACUUCAGCGGUUGGCGCAGACACGUGACGCUCAAGAAUACCGAUGCCAGGGUUUCAGUAGCUAUGCACAAACGUUCAUGAGCACUUGGAGCCCUUGUCAUGUAAGCAAUUGUUGA